UGUUUAAAUAUAAGGCACUCACUGCUUAGGAAUUUAAACUAUUAUUGUCAGACUUCUUUGGUAAUCUUCCAUCAUCCUACAUUUAAAACAAGAUCGAUCCGGGUAGACCCUGGUUCGCUCUGUAAAUCCGGACGUCAGAGAGUCAGAUGAAGGAACUACCUGUCCCCAGACCUCAGUGAGGUUAAUAUUCUGGAUACAGUGAGUUUACAGAAAAAAUAGGAAACAAAACGAGACAUCCCUGCUAUCGAAAUAAUCCAAGGAUUAUCCUGGGAAUGGAGCGAGUUAUUCAUGUCUCCUGACAAACUAACACUAGACGAAGUACCGGGGUACCAGUCUCGUUUAGCAGAUCUCGUAUGUAGGACCACGGAUGGGAUAACCAAGAUUAAGGGUUAUGUUGAGGACAUAAACGAUGACAUCGCCACAAUGACAGGCCAAGUCAACAAGUCAGUGAUAGACAAUGUCCAACUAAUGUCGGAUCUCGCCAAAAAACUUGUCCCAUCAAUGAAACACGGCAGCAAGAGUGCACAGAAAAGAAAUGAAGAAAUUGCAAGAAAGCUACAAGAAAAUGCCAAGUUGGUUGAGCAACAACAAAGAUUGGCGUUGGUCCUUGAAUCUAUUAAAUGUGUAUGUGUUAAGGUAAGAUCACAGAAAGGAUUAGACGACAUCGACAUAAAAGCGUUACAAGGUAAUAUAGAUAAUUACGGGAAGACUUUAGAAAACGAGAAAGAACGGAAAGAAAGGCAGGAAAAACUGAAAGAAGCGGCAAAAGAGAAGGAACGCAAAGAAGAAAAACGAAAAGAUCCAGAUAGCUGGGAUCCUCUAAUAUUAAAGGAUGGGUCCGGGGGAGACCGAUUUACUCAAACAGAUGUGCUCUGUGUGGUGUAUGCCAUGGAAGGAAGCUUCACCUCGCUCAAUUGCGCCAACAUGGAAGGCCAGAUCAAAAUGUACGACUGGCUGGAUAUCCAUCAUGAAGAACAAGCAUCGUGUCCAAUUUUGACGAAAUGCACGAAAGAUGACGCUGUAAAGCUAGAGAUGCCAAUGGAGGUGUACGUGCCAUAUUCCAUCAACGGUACUAAACAUGAGCCAGAGAUCAAAGUCUCCAUCGACAAUGGACCCUGGACGACCCCGGACAUACUUACCAAAAGGAAAGUUGACGUCUUUCCGAAAGGGAUUAAGUACGUCGGGACUAAAGUUGCAAGCUUUAAGUCCUUCAGAAUGAUCGUCGCCGCUGUGCCAAUGAGAAAAAAACUGUUUGUCGACAGAAAAGGCUUAAAAAUCGCAGAAGACUGUUUGAAUAUCCAGGUUCCAGCAGACUAUGGAAAUGAUAACAUCAAGAUUAGUGUCUCGGAUGACAAUGGAACACAGAUGGGUUGUCCAAACUUUCUUGGCGCACAGGUACAUGUGGAUCUUGACUGUGGGCAUAAAACGACCAAGGAUAUCAAUGUUAACAUAUCUGAAGAAAAACUUUCGUCUCAUUACAAGGAGAGGAAGGCGGUAUACACGGCCCUGAACCAGAUGGUGACUUCCGGGACGGAUCUCUCUAACUUCCAAUUGGACUUAUUCCUUGAGCAGUUGCUUAAAGAGGAUGUGGUGACCACCAAGGAAGUGAACGACAACAAAAACCAGCAAGACAUUCAUAAAAGGACACAGCAUCUACUGGAAAUGCUACUCCAAAGACCGUCUAUGGCUAACAAGGUCUUGGUAUGCUUAGACAAGUCAGGAAACAGUCACAUUUCAAAACAGAUCCGACAGUUGAUUCCAGCGAAAUCCAGAAAUUCGGCAGCCGAAGAAAACUGGCGUUCUGUGAUGGCAUUCCGUGAGGAUGGUGGGAAAUGGAAAGUCUUGGAUCCAAAAGUUACAAAAAAGCUCCGUAAAGAGUUAAAAUGUACUCUACAAGCAGGAAACAGGCGAUUUGAGAUGAUAUCCCUUACAGUUUCUGAUAGCUCCUCUGAGAAAGAUAUUGAAGACAUUGCCGAUCAGUUUAUAAACCACGAGCUUGGUACGACCGUUACACUUGUCUGCAGGCAUAAAUCGGACGACUAUCAAGCCGAAACCUUUGUACAUGUUCUUCCGUCGAGGCAGGCAUCGAAAGAAAUCAGUCGACUGCAGGAACAAGGGUACACCAGAGGCCCGAUGGAGUUGGCCGAUUUCAAUAUAAUGGAUGGAGAAACUGUCGAAAUUUACAUGUCUGGUAACAUUGGCCUGGAGUACCUUGGUAGACGACUUCGUCAAGGAACAGUGGAGAAAUUCAAAUACAAAGCGCACAAGGACAUCUGUAAAGUGAAUUAUAAUAUAUACGUGGUGGACAAGAAAUCCCUGGACCAGAUGGAUGACGACAGAUACCGAGGUUUUCUGCACUACAGGGUCAGAGCUAUGGAACCACUGAAGGAAAGGACGGACGCGGUCGAGGUUACAUGGAUGAAGAUGACGAAACGUUACCUUUCCCACCUGUCCGUGAAUGGCGAUUUGCAAGCGCUCGGAAAAUUCAUCAGUUCCAACAUAGCCGGCAGAAAGGAGAUGCAUAGUGUGUUUGUUACUAUGGAUACGCCAGCUACGGUAAAGGAAAUAGAGCAGCGCGUGGAAAGACAAUGCAAGAACGAUCCUGACGUCAUCAAAUAUGAGACAACACUUUUUAUAUGGGCAAAUCAGAACAAAGACGAAAACGACAAAAAGAUUGAGAGAAUUCUACACGCAGUUCAAAGUUACCCUUGGUGUGAAAAGGCCCGACGGUUUGUCACACUGUACACUAAAGCAGGUCUGUUUUCGGAGAUGUCUCUCCUGAGCAUGUCGAAACUGUUAGGACCAGAAUGGAAGGAUUUGGCGAUUGUUCUUAAACUACCAGAGGCACAAGUCGAUUACAUCAAGAGCAUGGACCUCAGUGAACAAGACGCCAAGGGAAAAAUGCUUGAUAAGUUCCGCCUGUCCCAUUACGCUAUCGGUAUCGGUGACAGACUACCGGGAGUAUUCUUAGAGUCCCUCCGACAGUGCAGUUGUAAUCAGGAGCUACUCGCGUACGUGGAGUCCAAAAUGAAGUGAUCAACUUUCAAAAGACUUUGCCAAAAUUAAUCAAAGCACUUUUAUGAAACGUGAACAACGGUUCCGAAUAUAUUUGGUGUUAUUAUUACAAUGUAAAUCAAGCAGGUGUGCACCUAAUCUCUACAUUUUAUCAUUUCCCCAGUCCUGUUUUAAUCUAAUAAGCAUCCAUUCUGAUUUUCAAAACUUGAUGCUCCAGACCCUUGGCACCACCGACUAGUCCUCAGUGGGACGAAUCAAAUGUAUUCAGGUCUGCAUAAAUUGUCAUUUUUACCAACACGUUUCUAACAGAAUGACUUAUUUCCUUUUAGUUAACAAGCAAUAUUUUAAUUUGAAUGUGUGAUAUAGGUUAUCAGUGUGUCGUAUUUCUCGUUCCGGAUAUUAGAGGUGAUUCUGUGGCUCUGAUAUUAUACGCUGUUUCCGAUAAUGUGAGGUAGACAUAUUAUAAAUCUAAAGCAAAUGUGAUGAUUUAAUAUCACGAGGUGACGUCUAAUGAUAAUGACAAUCAUUGUAGAUUAAGUAGUAUUAUCUCAAUGAAAACAGCAGUGACAUAUAGAGAAAAUCCAUAUUAAGGAAUAAUAUCUUAAUGAGAAUAGCAGUGGUAUAUAGGGAGAAUCCAUAUUAAGUUGUUCAAUUUUGCUUAAUAUAUUCUAUUUGAGAAGAAGAAUAGUAAAAACACGUAGUUAUGUUAUUUUCAUUUGUUAAAUAACGCAUAAUUUAGAGCACUGAAAUAUUUAUCUAUACAAUUAAAAUACACACUUAUACAUACAAAAUUUAAAAAUAUAAUACAUCCUACGGGUACGAAUUCACAUAAAUAAUAUUGAGAUACGAUGAUUAUAACAAAACACCUAAUUUCCAAAACAUACUUAUUAAUUAAUAUUUACAUUGGUAUAACAACGGUGUUAAUUUGUAUUUGGGUAAUAGACGCCAGCUGAGAUUAACUUAGGUAGUAGAGUACCCUCAAUACAAGGAACAUUGUCAUAUUUGUCUUAUCAGCCACCUUGAAUGUGUUACAUAUCGAAAUUCCAUACACCAUGGUCAAAUGAUGGAGAAUGUUCAAAUCUUCGUUUGUACGACGGGCUUGCUCGACCGCUUGAGACUGUGCUAUCGAUCAACCGUUCGGAUGACUGGUACCCCGCUGUCACUUUACCAGCCAUCCUGUCGGAGAGCUCUUGAACGGAAAUUGACUUGGCUGUUCGUGGUCUCUCGUGACUAUACAGCCUGCAUAUAUCCUAAUAAUGCAAUGCAAUUUUUCCCGCAUUUCCAUCAAUAAUUAUACGUUACAUACAGAAAAUAUCAACAAACAGUACAGGAUCAAUUUGUUACACUUAGAAACAUUAUUAAUUUUAAAGUAACUUUGUAAAGUAAUAUGCAAAUUCCUUAUGUUUCAAAUUAAUAAAGAAAAUUGUAUAUAAAAAGGAAAAAUAAAAAAAAACAAAUAGA